GGUAAUUAGGAAUGUGCCUGUACAAAGCCAAUUCAGCAUCAGUGAAUAUGAAGUUGACAUCCCUGGUCGUUUUUCUUUAUUUCGUUGUUUUCAACGAAUCUUUGGAAGUUAAUGAAACUAAUUUCGAAGGAAUAUUGAAGACAACGUUGAAAGAACAUAAUUCAGAGAUAAUAUCAAAUAAGGAUGUUGAAGAAAAUAUCUCAAAACUACUAGGAGGCAUAAGUCUAGAAGACCAAACAGCUAAUAUAAAUAACUAUGCGGACAAGAUUUUUGAAAAAGUGCGUCGAAUCCUUCGUGAUCACAACUUUGAUUCUCAAAGUUUACCAGACGUUUCUUUUAAGAUCGUAAAAAGUAAGGUUCAAUUAUCACAAGGAAUGUUACAAGAUCUAACCACUAUGGAAAGAGGGGGCGAUGUUGACCUUUCAUUCGUCGAGUCUUCGGAUGUGAUUACAUUGUCACUUCCUAUCGAGUUUGAAGAGCUUGAGUUCAGCUACCAUUUCCACACUAAAAUUAUAUUCAGUAUCAGUUUUAAAUUGGUGGAGUGUAAUGUGAACAGUAUCGGCAAAAUCUCCGUCAAAUUUACUGGUCAUAAGGCGAUUGUCUGGCUCAUAAAUGGUAUAACCAAAGUUAUUGUACCUUUCGUCAAAGGUAAGGUUACUAGAAUCGUUGAAGAUAUGGAACAGUCCAUUCUGGGUGAAGUGGUAUCAAAGUUGAACGAAAUUAUGCAUAAUAUAUUCCACUAGCAAACAAAUGUUUUCAAUAAUAUCAUUUGUAAUUCUGUACAUAUGUGUAUAAUUAACACAUUUUUUUCGUAGUAAUAAAUUAUUCAAUCAUUUCAUACUCUCUGAAUACCCUAUACCAGAAGAGCGUUUCAGUAUAAAAACUCUUCUCUGAAAAUAGUCUGCUUCAAAUCGUGCUACGGGACCUACUUUUGUUCAGAGGUGUACUUUGGAAUAUGACUAUUGAUCAAACAUUUGAUUAGAUAUAACAAGACAACUGAGCAAGAAAUGAACAAUAAAACUUUGAAACAAAAUACAGAUGAAUCCAAAGACUACUUACCAAAAAAUGUAAUCAUUGAAAUAUUGGCCAGCAUUGUGAAAGAGGCCCUUGAUCAAUUAUUCAUACUUAACAAAAUGUAUGGCUGGCCUGAAGAUGAAACAAUAGUUCUCAAAUAUAUAACUCUUGAAGAAAGAUUCUCGAAAAAUCAAGAAACAGAUGAAGAAAGCUCUCAAGUUGAUAAUUCCGUACUAGUGACAAAAAACUGUGGGUUUAUUGAAUCAGUACUUUCUGACUUGUUCAAAGAAUUGAUAAACUGUCGGUCUUAUGACAACUUCUGUGAAACUAUCGAUAUAUUCAAAAGGAUGAAAGCUGAUGAAGAAAAUCUUCAAGAUGAAACAACGCGGAAUGAAAACGAAGUUAGAAGAUUGCAAGAUGUUUUUCAAAAUGAGAAAUUAUAUUACAUUGAAAAAAUAGUGGAAUGUAUGGAGGAAACGGGAAGAAUUAAAGAUAAAAUAGAGGAUUACCGUACAGAAAGUGAAGUCAAACUAGAAUACAUAAAAGCUUGGGUAAAUUCAAAAAUCGAAAUGAGUGAUGUAUUGUUUUCAAAAAAACAUCAAGAAAAACAAGACAAAAUUAGAACUAUUGAUAUUGAUAUCAACAAGGAAGUGAGAGUGCACCAAGAAAUUUCAAUGGCUUUCAAUGAAAUUCAAAAGGACUUUGAAGCUCUAAUAGAAAUAUGGAAAUUGAAAUAUUCUGAAGAUCUCUCGGCAAUGAACGAAAAAGUUGAAGCUCUACAAAUAAAACAAAACCAGCAGUUGGAAAAAAUUGGUAGACUGAAAGAACUAUACGCCAAACGACAGAAAGAAAUAGAUGAUUAUAAACAGUACAAAGUAGAACAGGAAAAAAUACGAUUAGAAAUGGACAAAAGAAAUAGAGCUGCUACUAUAAUUGAAUCUUGGUGGAGAGGUACAAUGGUAAGGAAGGGUUUUGGAAAGUUCAGGAAGAAGAAAGAAAAGAAGGCAAAAAAGAAAAGUUCGGAGAAAAAAUCGGCAAAGUGAAAUUAUACAAUAAACACAUUGAGGUAGUCCUUAUAAUACAUCUUCAGAGCAACAAAAACACUCUUUGCAUGUGAGGACAAUCACCAAAAACACUCCAAUUGUGAACCUCGAUUCCACUUGACCAAAGUAAAUAUUUUGAAGUGUAUGUUCAUCCAAAAUAUUUUGAACAUUUUUGCAUAGGUAAUUCUGUGAGUAAAGAAUUUGAACAAAUUUCUUACAGAGUUUUCCAACUCAAAUGGAUACCUAGAAAUUUUAUUGUAUAACUUUUUUCUAGUUGAUUAGCAUUCUCUUCUAGACAAGUUCUUGCUAAGUUUUUAAUAGUUACGAGACUCAGCUGAAAACCAGGUAUUCAUACUUUCAAGAGCAUCAUUACAAUAUAUUUUUAAGCAACAUAAUUUCUUUUUGACAUAGUCUCUGAAGCAUCAUCUGCAUAUAUUGUUAGGUGGAUAUCCAUAGAUUUAUUCAAAUAAUUUAUAUUGUGGGAGAUAACAGGAAAGUAUUAGUAAUUAAAUUGAUGUGUGU